AUGAGGUUCUCAUCGCUCUUUGUGGCGGCUCUUGUCCCCCUCGGUGUCGUCGCCGAAGGCGUUUCUGGAACGUUGUCGCCGCAAGAACUAAAUCUCGAUGAGAUUUUGGCAAAACACAACCUUGCAUUAGUGCCUCGAUCAGAUCUCACAGAGGCCCUCACAGAACUCAAUGGCCUGCUCAAGAAGAACCACGCCUUGCAACAACGAGCUGCAUUGUUUCCCAGAGCAAACUCGACGGGUUCAGGAUCCAGUUCUGGCUCCAGCUCUAGCGGCGCACAAGCUGCUGGCUUAUUGGGAGGACUAGGAGACCUCAGCGGUCUCAGCGGUCUACUCGACAUCGUCCCGGCCGUCAAGAACAUUGCCGACUUACUCAAAUCGAUCGAGUCUCUGCUCACCCCGGAAUUCCUCUCAGCACUUCAUGAUGCCAUGAUUUAUCUAGCAGCGACGCUUAAGCCACCAGUUCCUAGCCAGGUCGGACAGCUUCUCAACAGUACCAUACCUCUUGUGCAAUUGCUCGGCAAGCUAGACCUUGAAAAGCUGGUUGGACAAAUUGGCGAUAUUGAUCUCGGCAGUCUUGUCAAAUCGAUUCUGGGACUUUUGACCGAGAAGAACAUCGGAAACAUCGGUACCUUGUUGACCAACGGCGCUUCUCUACUCACACCAUCCUUUGUCAACCAGACACAGUCUCUUGUUGGCGAGGUGUCUCCCUUGCUAGAUGCCCUGAAGGGUAUUGAUCUCAAGGGUGUUCUUGAACAACUGUCUCCGCUAUUGACGUCUGAUUCGAUCAAGAAGGUCGUCUCGCUGGUGGAUAGUGCUGGAACACUUCUGAACAACCAGACGACCUCGGACCUCAAUGACAUCCUCAAGUUUGCCCACAACUUUAUCCCAUAUCUGAGCGCCAUCAAUCCCACAGAAAUCUUGAAAGCGGUUGCUCCCUUGCUGGAUAACUUGCCCGCUAUUGUGAAUGGCGCCGUCUCCCUGUUGAGCAAUGAGACUGUGUCAGAGAUCAAGACAGUGCUGGAUGGAGCCAGCCCACUUAUUGAGUCUUUGUCCAAGGCCGACUUGAAGAGUCUCAUUGAUCAGCUCGGCCCAAUUCUCAAGGAGCUCGGAGGCCUUGACCUUGCCGGUCUCCUAAAGUCAUUACAGCCACUGCUAAGCGACGACAGCAUAAAGGGAAUUGUUGGCUUGCUUGGCAACGCAGAGGAUCUAUUAACAAAGGACUUUGUGAAUAACACGCAAUCGCUUGUUGCCGGUGCCGGGCCCUUGCUCGGCAGUCUAAAGGAUGUCGAUAUCAAGAGCCUGGUCGACCAACUUAGCCCCAUCCUCAAAGAAGUGGCCAAGCUUGAUCUCGUCGGCCUAUUCGACGCACUCAAGCCACUCCUCUCGAGCGACAGCGUCAAGGGAAUUGCUGGUCUUCUUGACAAUGCAGAACUGUUGUUGACAAAGGACUUUGUGAGCGACACCCAGUCGCUGAUUGCUGGCGCUGGUCCAUUGCUUGGAAGUCUAAAGGAUGUUGACAUCAAGAGCUUGGUGGAUCAAAUCAGCCCAAUCCUGAAGGAGGUCGCCAAGCUAGACUUGGUUGGUCUCUUUGACGCACUCAAGCCGCUUCUCUCGAGCGAUAGCGUCAAGGGUAUUGUCGGUCUUCUCGAUAACGCAGAACUACUACUUACGAAGAACUUUGUGAACGAUACUCAGUCGCUAGUUGCUGGUGCUGGUCCACUUCUUGGCAGUCUAAAGGACGUGGAUAUCAAGAGCUUGGUGGACCAAAUCAGUCCUAUAUUGAAGGAGGUCGCUAAACUAGACCUGGUUGGCCUCUUUGACUCCCUCAAACCUCUAUUAUCAAGUGAUAGCGUGAAAGGCAUCGUUGGUCUUCUCGAAAACGCUGAAAACCUUCUGUCAUCGAAAUUCGUUAAUGAAACACAAAGCCUCGUCUACAGCGCCGGACCCCUCGUUGGUAGCCUCGGCAAGCUCGAUCUCCAGAAAUUAAUCGACCAGAUUGAACCACUCCUCAGUGAGCUGACUAAGCUUGAUCUUGCUGGUCUGCUCAAGUCCUUGGAGCCGCUGCUUACGCCGGAUAGCAUCAAGGGCAUUGUUGGCCUUCUCGGUAACGCCGAAACUCUUCUGUCAUCCAAGUUUGUUAAUGAAACGCAAAGCCUUGUUUAUGGCGCCGGACCUCUCGUUGGCAGUCUCGGCAAGCUUGAUCUUCAAAAAUUAAUCGACCAGAUAGAACCGCUCCUUGGCGAGCUAACUAAGCUUGAUCUUGCCGGUCUGCUGAAGUCCCUGGAGCCCCUGCUUACUCCGGAUAGUAUCAAGGGUGUCGUUGGACUAUUGAGCAACGCAGAAGAUCUCUUGACGUCUAAAUUCGUCAACGAAACCCAGAGCUUAAUCUCUAGCGCUGGCCCUCUUAUUGGCAGUCUCGGCAAGCUCGAUCUUCAGAAAUUGAUCGAUCAAAUUGAGCCUCUUCUCAACGAGCUAACUAAGCUUGACCUAGCAGGCCUUCUCAAAUCAUUGGAGCCGUUGCUUACUCCAGAUAGUAUCAAGGGCAUUGUUGGACUGCUAGGCAAUGCUGAGCUGUUAUUGACGGGCAAAUUCGUCAAUGAAACCCAGAGCCUAAUUUCUUCUGCUGGUCCCCUUAUCGGAAGCCUUGGCAAUUUAGAUCUACAGAAGCUGAUUGAUCAAAUCGAGCCUCUUCUCAACGAAUUAACUAAACUUGACUUAGCCGGCCUUCUCAAAUCGCUGGAGCCAUUACUUAGCCCAGACAGCGUCAAGGGCAUUGUCGGGUUACUAGGUAAUGCUGAAAAGCUACUUACAGGCGAGUUCGUGGACGAGACGAAGAACCUCAUUUCUUCUGCUGGCCCUCUUAUUGGAAGCCUUGGAAAGCUUGACCUAAAAAAGAUAAUCGAUCAAAUCGAACCUCUUCUAAAUGAAUUGACUAAGCUUGACCUAGCUGGCCUGCUCAAAUCGCUAGAGCCACUACUUACUCCAGACAGUGUCAAGGGCAUUGUCGGGUUACUGGGUAACGCUGAAAAGCUACUUACAGGCGAGUUCGUGGACGAGACGAAGAACCUCAUUUCUUCUGCUGGCCCUCUUAUUGGAAGCCUUGGAAAGCUUGACCUUCAGAAGUUAAUCGAUCAAAUUGAGCCUCUUCUUAACGAAUUGACCAAGCUUGACCUAGCUGGUCUCCUCAAAGCGCUCGAGCCGUUGCUCACUCCAGACAGUAUCAAAGGAAUCGUUGGCUUGCUUGGAAAUGCAGAAUUACUUCUAAAUAGGAAGUUUGUGGAAGAGACUCAAAACCUGAUCUCGAAAGCUGGCCCGUUGAUCGACGCAUUGGGCGAGUUGGAUUUGCAGGACCUGCUUAAGCAACUAGCACCGAUUUUGAACGCUUUGGGCCAGAUCGACCUCCCCGGACUGUUCGAAGCUCUCAAGCCGUUAUUGACUAAGCAGAGUGUUCAGGGCAUUGUUGGAUUGCUGGGUAAUGCCGAGAAGCUCCUCACAGGGGAGUUUGUGGAUGACACGCAAACUCUUAUUAAAGGCGCAACACCAUUAAUCGCAGAGCUGAGCAAGCUCAACCUACAAGACUUGAUUAAGCAGCUUGAGCCUCUGCUUAGUGCGCUCGGCCAAAUCGACCUUGCGGGCUUGAUGAAGGCCCUCAAGCCACUGUUGACUGAAAAUAGCAUCAACGGAAUCGUCGGGCUGCUGGGUAAUGCCGAGAAGCUGCUUACAGGCGAGUUUGUGGAUGAGACCCAAAGUCUAAUCAAGGGUGCCGCUCCCUUAAUCGCCUCUUUGGGCAAGUUGAACCUGCAAGAUUUGAUCAACCAGCUUGAACCCCUCCUUGCCACGCUUAGCCAGAUCGACCUUGCCGGCUUGCUGGAUUCACUUAAGCCGCUCUUAACGAAAGACAGCAUCAACGGAAUCGCCGGGCUGCUAGGUAAUGCCGAAAAGCUGCUUACAGGCGAGUUUGUGGAUGAGACACAGACCCUAAUCAAGAGUGCGACGCCAUUAGUUUCCUCCUUGGGUAAACUAACCCUUCAAGACUUGUUUAAGCAGCUUGGGCCUCUCCUAGCAACUCUUGGGCAGAUCGACCUUGCCGGCUUAUUGAAUGCUCUGAAACCACUCUUAACUGAAGACAGUAUCAAGGGAAUAGUCGGGCUACUAGGCAAUGCUGAAAAAUUACUUACAGGCGAGUUCGUGGACGAAACACAGACUCUGAUCAAGGGUGCGGCGCCACUGAUUUCUUCCUUGGGCAAGCUGAAUCUGCAAGACUUGAUCAACCAGCUAGGACCUCUACUCAAUACGCUUGGGAAGAUAGACUUGGAAGGCAUCUUGGAAGCUCUCAGCCCAUUAUUGACCAAGGAGAGUAUUCAGGGUAUUGUUGGCUUGGUUAGCAACGCCGAGGAUCUGCUGACCGGAAAAUUCGUUAACCAAACCCAUACGCUUAUUGAUGGAGCUGUCCCUCUUGUGGGUGCCCUUGGCACGAUCGACCUGCCUGGCCUCAUUACCAAGUUGAAACCGUUACUGGACGCUCUUGGCGAGAUUGAUCUUGGCAAGCUUAUCAAGCAGGUCACACCCAUCCUCAAUGCUCUGGGCGAGGUUGACCUGAAGGGCAUCUUCGACACUCUUGCUCCGUUCCUCACACCCAAGACUGUACAAGGCCUCAUUGGCCUCUUGGCCAACGCCGAAGCACUCUUGACCGGCCAAUUCGUCAACGAAACGCAGACACUUAUUCAUGGAGCGGCACCACUCAUCGCAGACUUGGAAGGCGCUGACAUCUCAGGACUCUUGAAGCAAGUCAAACCUCUUCUCAACUCGCUCAGCAAGAUUGACCUGGCCGGGCUGGUCGACGCUGUGAAGCCCAUCCUAGACGCAGUCAAGAAGAUCGACAUCGAAGGCAUUGUGGACACUGUCACUCCACUCAUCACCCCCAAGAGCAUCAAGGGUAUCUUGGGCUUGCUUGGAAACGCAGAACAACUUCUGACCGAGACGUUUGUAUCCCAAACAACCGAAUUGAUUGGCGAUGCAACACCUCUUGUGGCUACAAUUUCAGAUUUUGUUAAAGCGAUUUUCCAGUCAUUAAUGGGACAGAAUUAA